AUGCUAACAACUCUCGCUGCUUCUGGUACUGGUAGUGGUCUGCGAUCAGCAGCUUCCCGAGCCUUCUUCUUCUCCAAGGCCCUCCCAAACUCCACUGCCACUUCCUUCUCACCCAUCCGGACUCUCUCCCCCUCCGCCCUUUCUCGCUUCUCAACAUUUGAUGCAUAUGGUGUUGGCAAUGAUGGUGCUCCUGGGAUUGCUGUGCUUCAAGAGUGGUGGGGUGUUGAUUUUGAAAUUAAGAACCAUGCUGUCAAGAUUUCUCAACUUGCUCCUGGAUUCAAAGCACUUAUCCCUGACUUGUAUCGUGGGAAGGUUGGUUUAGACGUUGCAGAAGUGCAACAUUUAAUGUUUUAAGGUCUUGAUUGGCAAGGCGCUGUAAAGGAUAUCCAAGCUUCUGUUAAUUGGCUGAAAGCAAAUGGCUCGAAGAAGGUGGGUGUUGCUGGAUUUUGCAUGGGUGGUGCUCUCUCAAUUGCAAGUUCUGUUUUGCUCCCUGACGGUGAUGCUGUUGUUGCGUUUUAUAGAGUGCCGCCAUCAGAGCUUGCAGACCCUGCUAAAGCUAAGGCUCCUGUUCAGGCUCAUUUUGGAGAGCUUGAUAGUUUCGUUGGCUUUUCAGAUGUGACGCCUGCCAAGUCUUUGGAGGAGAAGCUGAAAGCAUCAGGAAUCCCUUACGAGGUGCACAUUUAUCCCGGCAAUGCCCAUGCAUUCAUGAAUAGGUCUCAAGAAGGUGCGAAGAGGAGGAAGGACAUGGGAUUGACUGAUGAGGAUGAAGCGUCAUGUCAGUUGGCUUGGCCUCGCUUCCAGUCAUGGAUGUCUCGCUAUUUGUCCGCUUAAGUUUUUGUUAGUGUAGUUUUAUAUAUCUGACACUCCGACGUAUGAUGCUACUUUCCCGUUCCUACAAUACGCAACAGGGUGUCCUAUGCAGCCUUAUGGACUAUAGAUAAGGUACCGUACUGGUACACUUGUAAGGUGUAACUACCUAACUUAAUGGUUUGGCUCGCAAUAAUAUUUGAUCUUAGUGAGUUCUGGUGUCCUUAAUGGUUUGGCUGGACUUAUGGCCUUCACCAUCACAGCUACCACCAUCCAACCGCAGCCACCCAUCACCAUCAUCACUACUACCUUCCCAUGGCCAUAUCAUCACCACCACCACGUUCUCAUUGCAUAACCGCUGACACCAACACAUCACCACCUCUGCUAUCGCCACAUUGUCAUGACCAUUACACACAUUGCCGCCGCCGCCUCUCCAACACCAUCGAUGCCGCCAUCACCACUUCGACACCAUCGAUGCCACCACUAUACCUCCACCUUCACCAGUGUUCCGAUCCCACCAU